AAUACCAGAUUGCUAGGCAGAGCCUAGUUUAUUUUCUCACAAUUUGUUUCAUAAUUUUUCUGUUGUCUUAUGGUUUUAUGUGCAUAAAGCAAAGAAGAAACCUUGUUUAUUUACGAAGCAGUGGAAGGUGAUGACAUCACUUUGAUUUUUCCUGGGAAAAGCUUUGAUCUGGAUGGUCUGAUCAGUGCUGGGAUGUAGACUCAUUCAUUUCCAUGGAAGAAGGACUCUUCCAUGGAAAGUGCGUUUACUGGCCAAGUAUGCUCAAACACAUACGAGGAAUUUGGUUCCGGUAGAUGGUGACUCACAGCAGUGUAAAUCACAACAAUAUGUAAAGGACACACACACACACACACACACACACACAAAAGUGUAUUUAGGUCAUUAAAAAUUAAAAGCAUUAACAUGUUAGUAAUGUUUUGGCAUGAGAUGAAGAUGACUCUCACUUCCUGCAGAUCUUCACAUGUCCCCGGCUGUGGGACUCAUAUUUGCAGUUCACGAUCAAUAGAUUUCUGCCCUGCUGUCAGACCCUCGCUUUGGCGCCAGCUGAUUCUGGCGUGACGCACUGAGGCGGUCUCCCUGUGCGUGAGGCCAACUCCUCUCUUUCACUGCUCCUCCACAUGCUGAUUGAUGCUGGUAAGGUUUUGUGGUGGUAUGGUUCUGGUUAGUGAUGCAGGAGGGGUGUGAUGGUACAACCCUCAACCUCCACCAAUAGAAUUUUGGGCAGGGCUCAACACCCAUUUUCAGGGAUCUCCUAUAAAGCCGGGUUUGUACAUCCUGGCUUCUGUUCUUUAAUUUAACUGAGAGCGAUUAAACUGCGCUGCUGCUUUUUGGAGACUUUGACUAAAUCAUGAGUUCCAGGAUGGAGACCAAGUCUUACAAGGUUCAGACGAACGGGAAGGGAGUUUGUGGCAAAACUACGGUAAAUGGAAAAACCCUAAAUGAAAAUGGAGUGAACAGAAACGGGGUGAACGGGAAUGGCGUCCACCAUGUCAACAUCAAAGGCGCCUUAUACCCGAUCAAAUCUAAGAGCCGCAGGCAGAGGUGGGAGGUGAAGCCGUCGGAGAUGGCAAACAACACGCUCAACCCCAUCAGGGCCAUCGUGGAUGGGAUGAAGCUCACCCCAAACCCGGACAAACCCAUGAUCGCACUUUCGAUCGGGGAUCCCACCGUGUUUGGAAACCUGCCCACAGAUGGCGCAGUGCUUCAGGCCAUGAAGGAUGCCAUAGACUCCCAAAAAUACAACGGCUAUGCUCCGUCUGUCGGUUACCUGCAGAGUCGGCAGGCGGUGGCAAACGUCUACAGCUGCCCUGAGGCUCCACUGGAGGCAGAGGAUGUCAUUCUGACCAGCGGCUGCAGUCAGGCCAUCGACCUGGCUAUCAGUGUGUUGUGCAACCCAGGAGACAAUAUCCUGGUACCGUGCCCAGGCUUCUCCUUAUAUAAAACUCUGGCUGUUUCCAUGGGCAUCGAGGUCAAACUCUACAACCUGCUUCCGGAGAAGUCGUGGGAGGUUGACCUGCAGCACAUGGAGAGCCUGAUUGAUGAGAGGACUUCCUGUCUAAUCAUCACCAACCCAUCCAACCCGUGUGGCUCUGUUUUCAACAAGAAGCACCUGCAGGAGAUCCUCAAAGUGGCCUCCAGACACUGUGUCCCCAUCCUGGCCGAUGAGAUCUACAGUGAUAUGGUUUUCCCAGGAUGCAGUUCUCCUUCAAUGGCAUCCCUCAGCAGUGAUGUUCCCAUCCUGUCCUGUGGCGGUUUGGCUAAACGCUGGCUGGUGCCUGGCUGGAGGAUGGGAUGGAUCCUCAUCCAUGACAGGAAUGACAUAUUUGGAACUGAGAUUCGACAGGGUCUGGUAAAACUCAGCCAGCGUAUUCUGGGAGCCUGCAGCAUCGUUCAGGGGGCGCUGGAGCAAAUCUUCAACAACACUCCUCAAAGCUUCUACAACAGCACCAUCAGCUUCCUUAAGUCUAACUCAGAGAUUUGCUUCAGCAAGCUGUCCUCCGUCCCCGGCCUGACCCCUGUCAUGCCUUCAGGAGCCAUGUACAUCAUGGUGAGUGUCGAACGUGUGGUUUGCAUUAAAAUUUCUGAGCCAUGAUCAUUUUCUCAAUCACAUUUAGUUCACUUAUCAUCAUCAUUUUUGCAGUGAACUGUGCUCUGUGCCCAGGUUAUCACAUUUUAUGGGAAAUUUCCACAGUGUCAGGAUUUUGCAAAUGACUCACACUUAAUUCAAUUCAAUUUUAUUUAUAUAGCGCCAAAUCACAACAAAAGUCGCC